AUGGAAACAGUUAAAUGUAUCAUUGAGGAUUUAAAUAAUGAUCACUUUUCUAUAUUAAUUGAUGAAUCUCGUGAUGUAUCAUGUAAGGAGCAAAUGGCUAUUGUUUUGCAGUAUGUUGAUAGAAGGGGAAGUGUGAUAGAACGAUUUAUUGGUAUUGUUCAUGUUCGUGAAACUACUGCUUUGUCUCUAAAGAAUGGAAUUGUUGGUUUACUUGCUCAACAUUCUUUAAGUCCAUCUUUCAUACGUGGACAAUGUUACGAUGGAGCAAGCAAUAUGCAAGGUGAUAUAAAUAGGCUUAAAAUCUUGAUGCAAAAAGAAAGUAAAGUUGUUCAUUCUAUUCAUUAUUUUGCUCAUCAACUUCAACUAAUUCUUGUUGCGGUUUCUAAAAGAUGUGAUGAAGUGCAAGAACUUUUAUUAGUUGUUUCUGAUAUAUUAAAUAUGGUGGGAUCUUCUUUCAAACGUAGAGAUGAACUUCGUGAAUCUCAAGCAGAAGAAAUUGAAGAAGCAUUACGUAAAGGUGAGCUUGAAACAGGAAGGGGCUUAAAUCAAGAAUUAGGUCUUGCUAGAGCUGGUGAUACUCUAUGGGGCUCUCACUACAAAUCCUUUAACAAUUUUAUUCUUAUGUUUGGCCUUAUCAUUGAUGUACUUGAUGCUAUUGCUAUUAAUGCACGUUUUGACGAAAAGUGUAAGGCAAAGGGAUACCUUAAAGCAUGUUUAACAUUUGAAGUUGUCUUCAUGUUGCAUUUUAUGCGCACUAUUUUAGCAAUCACAAAUGAGCUUAAUGUUGCCUUCCAAAAGAAGGAGCAAGAUAUUGCAAAUGUUAUGAUACUUGUUAGAGUGGCAAAAGAUCAGUUGCAACGUCUAAGAGAGGAUGGUUGGGCUUCACUUAUUGAUGAGGUAUCUAAGUUUUGCAUCAAAUAUGACAUAUUGAUACCUAACUUUGAUGAGCCUUAUGUUAUCCUUGGAAGAUCACGUCAUAGAGUUGCAGAGUACAAUAAUUUACAUCACUACCAUGUUGUAGCAUUCUGUAAAACUAUUGAUUGGCAAUUUCAAGAACUCAAUAACCGCUUUGAUGAGGUGACAACUGAAUUGCUUCUUGGAGUUGCUUGCUUGAACCCAGUUAACUCCUUUUCAAGCUUUGACAUUGAAAAGAUAUUGAGAUUAGCUAAGCUAUAUCCUGAUGAUUUUGAUAAAUACUCUAUAGUUGACCUUCGUUUUCAGCUUGAGAAUUACAUUGUCGAUGUCAGAGAUCAUGAUAAAAGGUUUUCCGCUCUUAAGGGACUUGGUGAUCUUUCUAAGAAACUAGUAGAAACAAAGAAGCAUGGGACUUAUCCUCUUGUGUUCCGGCUAGUGAAAUUUGCUUUACUUUUGCUAGUUGCUACAGCUACGGUUGAAAGAGCUUUCUCGACAAUGAAGUUGAUUAAGUCUGACUUACGAAAUCGAAUGGAUGAUGAGCUUUUGAGUGGUUGUUUAGUGCCUUAUAUAGAAAAAAAGUAUUUAGUAAUAUUUCUAAUGAGGCUAUUGUGGAUACAUUUCAAAACAUGA